CGCAUGUUAAGAAUAAAUGAAAUAGACACUGUAGCAUCUAGCAUCAACUACACUUGUGCGAAGACACAAAAGCUCAGUAACACUCCCACAAUGUACACAAGUCAGAUUAGUACCAGUCGUAUGUCUUGGUCGAGCUCUGAAGCAUGCAGUGAGGAGGCCCCAUCUAGUACCACUUGUGAACCAUACAAUAGAGCCUGGAACAAACCGGUGGAGAUACUAAGCUAUGAUGGCAGAGCGUAUCGAGUUCGAUUCAAGCAGAGAAUACUGCGUGGCAAGGAGCUUAGUCGCGUGUUGCCCUUGAUUCACCAGCUGCGUCUUAGAGAUGGCUUCCCAUGGAAGAAGCCAAGUCAUAUAGAGAUACAGAAUAACCUAUUGUAUCGGGUUCGCUGGAAAGGCCAAAGGAUGGACCCAAUCAAUCUGCACACGCAGGGGUACUUGUUGCACGACUUCUGGAGCGCCAAGCACGUCGAGGAUCAGUUCCGUUAUCAGCAAGGCAUACUACGCUCCAACACGGCAGAACAGUCCCUUGAGACAGCACGAUCGGAAUGGCAAGUCGGAUGCAUCUGACUGCUCUACAUUGAGGUCGAAUGUUCGUGAGCAGUCGCUAAGUCGAGAGGCAGAUGACACCUUCAUGUAAGAGAUAGAGAUAGUCAUGCCAAGGAGGGAAGAGCUUCAUUAAUUUCCUAUGAAGGUUCUUAUCAGAAACUGUGUUACAGCAAGUCAAAACACGUCAUUUCUAUUCCAUGUGACUCUCAAUAAUGUCUGGGGGAAUCAGGGCACAAUGAUGCAAAGCUAGCCCACC